CCUCAUGGCACAGAGGCCUAAGUGCUUGGCUGCUAAGAAAAAGGUUGGCUAUUUGAACCCACUCAGAGGCUCCAUAGGUGAAAGACCUUAUGUCAAAUUAUAGCCAAGAAAACCCCAAGAGUUGUCUCUGUGGGAAGUUUGUCCUUCGCCCAUUGCGACCAUGCCGUCGGUACUCAACUUCAGGAAGUUCUGGAUUGAGUGCUGGCAAAAUUGUGGGAGCUGGACUGUUAUUUGUUGGUGGAGGUCUUGGGGGCACUGUCCUGUAUGCUAAAUGGGAUUCCCAUUUCCGGGAAAGCAUAGAGAAAACCAUACCCUACUCAGACAAGCUCUUUGAGAUGAUUCUUGGUUCUGCACCUUAUGGCGUUCCAUUGCCAAAGAAGCCGUCUGGUCCACUAACAAUCUCUAGUGUGCCAGAGGCUGUGAAAGGAUCCAAACAGCCUACUUCAUACCUCCAGAAAUCACAGGGAGACACUGCAGCGUCAGUAGCAGCACCUACAGAGGCAGCUCAAAUUAUUUCUGCAGCAGGUGAUACGCUGUCGGUCCCAGCCCCUGCGGUUCAGCAUGACAGAUCCAUAAAACCGGGUCUCCUUGCAGUUGGUGAAGGAAAACCUACCCCUGCAACCUCAGAGCAAGCAUCCUCGUCUUCUGUAAAAGAGCGUCCUCCUGAAGAAGUUGCGGCCCGCCUUGCUCGACAGGAAAAGCAAGAACAAGUUCAGAUUGAGUCAAUAGCUAAGAGCUUAGAAGAUGCUGUGAGCCAGACUGCUCGCACCACUCUGCAUGCAGUCGCAGCGCAGAAUGCCGCGGUUCAGGCCGUCAAUGCACAUGCCAGUGUCCUGAAAGCCGCCAUGGACAAUUCUGAGAUUUCAGGUGAGAAGAAGGCAGCCCAGUGGCGCAUGGUGGAGGGCGCGUUGAAGGAACGCAGAAAAGCAGUAGAUGAGGCCGCCGAUGCCCUUCUCAAAGCCAAAGAAGAAUUAGAGAAGAUGAAAAGUGUAAUUGAAAAUGCAAAGAAAAAGGAGAUUGCUGGGACCAAACCUUACAUAACUACUGCAGAGGGCAAACUCCACAACAUGAUCGUUGAUCUAGACGAUGUGGUCCAAAAGGUCCAAGCAGCACAGUCUGAGGCUAAGGUUGUCUCUCAGUAUCAUGAACUAGUGGCCCAAGCCCGGGAUGACUUUAAACGAGAAUUGGACAGUAUUACCCCAGAUCUAAUGCCUGGGUGGAAAGGGAUGAGCAUUUCUGACUUAGCCGACAAGCUGUCCACUGAUGAUCUGAACUCCCUGAUUGCUCACGCCCAUCGCCGCAUCGACCAGCUGAACAGAGAGCUGGCAGAGCAGAAAGCCGCGGAGAAGCAGCACAUCGAGUUAGCCUUGGAGAAACAAAAGCUGGAGGAAAAGCAGGCGUUGGACUCUGCGGUGGCGAAAGCAUUAGAGCAUCACAGAAGUGAAAUAGUGUCCGAGCAGGACAGAAAGGUUGACGAAGUUCGAGAUGCCAUGGAAAUUGAAAUGAGAACCCAGCUCCGCCGACAGGCUGCUGCCCACACCGAUCACUUGCGUGAUGUCCUUCGGGUACAAGAACAGGAACUGAAGUGUGAGUUUGAAAAGGACAUGUCUGAAAAACUCGCUGAACAAGAAUUAGAGUAUCGUCGUCUCAGCCAAGAGCAAGUCGACAGCUUUACUCUGGAUAUAAACACUGCCUAUGCCAGACUGAGAGGAAUCGAACAGGCUGUGCAGAGCCAUGCAGUUGCUGAAGAGGAGGCCAGGAAAGCCCACCAGCUGUGGCUCUCGGUGGAGGCGCUGAAGUACAGCAUGAAGACGGCAUCUGCAGACCUGCCCACUGUCCCGCUGGGCGGUGCCGUAGAGGCUAUCAAAGUCCAUUGUGCUGAUAAUGAAUUUGCCCAGGCUUUAACUGCGGCAAUUCCUCCCGAGUCUCUGACCCGCGGGGUAUACAGCGAGGAGACCCUUAGAGCCCGUUUCUAUGCUGUCCAGAAACUGGCCCAGAGGGUAGCAAUGAUUGAUGAAACCAGAAAUAGCUUAUACCAGUACUUCCUCUCGUACGUGCAGUCCCUGCUCCUGUUCCCACCUAAGCAGCUGAAGCCACCACCGGAGCUCUGCCCUGAGGAUGUAAACACGUUUAAGCUAUUGUCCUACGCCUCCUACUGCGUUGAGCACGGAGAUCUGGAGCUGGCAGCCAAGUUUGUCAAUCAGCUGAAAGGGGAGUCCCGACGAGUGGCCCAGGACUGGCUGCGUGAAACACGAAUGACCCUAGAAACUAAGCAGAUAGUGGACAUCCUGACUGCAUACGCCAGCGCCGUAGGAAUAGGAACCACUCAAGUGCAGCAAGAGUAAGGCCUAGGUGGUGUCCUAGCCAGUUCUAUUUCAUGUCACAGGAAAUCGGCAGUGACAAGUAUACAAGGGGUUGGCAGCAAGGGUCCCAAAAGGGUCGUGAAAGGAGCAGGUUGCAGGUCUGUUCUCAAUGUCAACACUUGCUGCAGUUCCAUGAUCUCCACUUGCUAUCAUGUCAGUGAACUCCAAGAGUGCUUUCCUUGCCACUUGUGUAAGUAACAUUGUCGUUUUUUUCAGGUUUUACUGACCAGGUUUAUGAGCAAAUCAAAAUAAUGUUUGUGAUCCCUACUGCUAGUGAUUUUUGACCUUGGAGCAAACUGAAUAAAACAACAAGAUGAAAAAGGAA